AUGGCGACACGAGCUCCUUUGGCGCCUCCGCCGAACGAGACGGAAGCCUCCGUCAGCCGGAUCACUCGAGAGGGCAAGAAGCUCACCUAUAAACUCAAUGUCAUGCAACAGCCUGAGCGUGCGCGAGCCUGCGGUGCAGGUGCAAAGUCCUCUGCGGACCGUCGUCCAGUCGAUCCUCCACCGGUCGUCGAACUUCGAGUGUACGAGUCCGAUCCCAACGACGACCUCAACAAGACCGACAUCACCUUCGCAUACAACGCCAAUUUCUUCCUGUACGCCACUUUGGAAACCGCUCGUCCCAUGGCCCAAGGCCGUUUUGCCCCGAAUCCGACUUGCCCAGUAUUGACCGGUGUGCCCGUGGCUGGAGUGGCUUACUUGGACCGCCCUUCUCAAGCCGGUUACUUCAUCUUCCCCGAUCUUUCCGUGCGGCAUGAAGGUGUAUAUCGAUUGAACUUCCACCUGUACGAGGAAACCAAGGAGAGCAAGGAUGCGAACGAGAAUGCUCCGAUCCAGUCCCUGUCCAACCCAAUGCCAUCGAAGCCGAUGGCGCCGAAGUCAUUCCUGGAGUUUCGUCUCGAGGUCGUUUCCGUUCCGUUCACCGUAUUUAGCGCCAAGAAGUUCCCAGGAUUGGCCACGAGUACCUCCCUGAGUCGGGUCAUUGCGGAGCAAGGUUGUCGUGUGCGGAUUCGACGUGAUGUCCGCAUGAGACGUCGGGGAGAGAAGCGCACCGAUGACUACGACUACGAUGAGGAGAGAGUCUACCGAUCUUCUGACCGAAUCUCUACCCCAGAUACCCACGGGUACGCCGGCACUCCCGUUGAACGUCCUCGAUCAACCAGUACCAGCACGGUGGAUCCCUCAUUCCCCUACGGUGUCGAUGCUCAGCGCCGGUCAUCUGGCGCGACCGAGUAUGGUUUCCAGGGUGCACAGCCGUACCAACGACCAUUGCCGCCUGCUCCCGGUCCCGCACCAGCCGCUGUUUCCACGCCCGCUCCUCCCGCUCCUCCCGCGCCACCAUCCCAUAAUCCUGGAUAUCAAUCGCAUCUUUCCUUUGGCUCGACUCAAACUCAAUAUCCAGCUCCCCAACUGCCUCCAACUCCACAGACCGCGUCGACAUUGGCAGCUCCGUACUCGCCCCAUCCAUCGUAUUCUCAUGCUCGGAAUCCAUCGACGAGCGCCGAGUAUGAAACGCCCGGUUACUCCUAUCCGCCAUCACGGAUGUCAACGGAACGUUCCAGCUAUCCCAAGAAUGGCUUGCCUCCGCUCCGCUUGGAACCGCCUAAGCCACUAAAUAUGCCAUCCGGCGAGCCACGCUCGUCCGAUCCGAACGCAUAUCAUUCCGUGGCUCAAUCGGCGGCACCCCGGUCUCAGACACCGUCAUCCAGUCUGGUGCCUUCCCUUCCGCCCCUCAAGGCUCUAUCGGGGGAUUAUCCCAACAACCUCUCUCAAUCAUCCAGCAGUACCUCUCAGAGCCCCAGUCACGAUCUCGGCGCUGGCAAGAAGUUCUUCUGGGAUACGGGCGCCAGCCUGUCCAAGCGGUCGUACGAAGAUUCGUUUGGCCAUGAUGAUCGUCCACUCUACAACGGCAUGCGCCCCGAUACGGAAAGUUAUCCUCGGAGGCUGUCAGAUGCCAGUCGGAACUUCUACAACGAAACGCGCGAUGAAAUGGCGUACAAACGAGCCAACGGGAGAAUGGCCACGAAGAUAUCCCCUGCACUCCAGUAA